AUGCCGAGUCCUCUAGUUCCUUCUUGCAUUGCGAUGUCAAGUUCAGCACCGAGCGAGUCACUAUCGCUCUUGGUCAUCAACCCGAAUUCUUCCCAAGUUGUCACGGAUGGCUUGGAGCAGAAUCUAUCGUCUUACUUGCCUCCAGGGGUUCGAGUAACGUACUUCACCGGGCCGCCAGAGGCGCCGCCUUCUAUCAACGACGAGGCGACAUCUGUGCAAUCGACUGAGGCGUGUCUACGAGUUCUCAAGGAUGAGGCUUUUACACGAUUCGAUGGAUAUCUGAUAUGUUGCUUUAGUGACCAUCCCCUCACGUUUGAGCUCAAAAGACUGUACGACAAGCCUGUUUUGAAUAUACUCCAUGCGUCUCUCGCGCAAGGGCUGUUGCUUGGUUCUCGCAUUGGGAUUAUAACUACGGGACCUGCCUGGGUCGAGCCAUUGAUGAAGGGUGCCGUAGAGUUCCUCGGAGGUGACAAGAGAUUCGUCGGCGUCGAGGCGACUGGACUCGGCGUGGUCGAGCUCAAGACCGACGGAGAAGGACAUGUGGACGAGCAAGUCAAGAAUGCGUCCGUACGUAUAGCGCGCAAGGGCGCGGACGUAAUCAUCCUCGGAUGCGCUGGCAUGACUGGAAUGGACCCACUAGUGAAGUCGUCCGUUACGGAAGCAGGUCUGCAUGCAGUCGACGUAGUCGACGGCGCGAAAGCAGGAGCUGAACUUCUUACUGGCUUAGCGAGGCAGGCUAUGAGAGCGGGAUUAGAGUAG